AUGGAGCGUUCUGAUAACAACCAAGCCAUUAAUGGUGAUCAGAUGUUACCACCCCCGGUGAGAAAGAGUUUGAUUCCUCCUUCGCCAAAGCCCUCGAUGGGUAGGAAGCCUUCCAUCUCUCGACAACCCGUUCCAGUCGAGUUUUCAGCUUCCCCAACGAUCCGAGACAGUCGUUAUAAUCCUCAAGCUUCCACUGGCUCACCAAGCCUCUCGGGCCGUCGGACCCCAUCGUUGGGAGGUCGCCCCGCUGCCAGGCGAGGAACUGAAGAGAGUCUCAUGAUAGAUAUAUUUAACGACCACGGGUUGGUCAAUGAUCAGGAGAACAUCAAGGGUCCCCGAAAGAGGUCUCUUUUUGGAAACAUCGAGCGAAAAAGUAAAAGACGACUCGAAGAAAAUAGUGGUGAGAAGGGCCCAAAGGAAUCUUGCUACCAACCACCAGAGGAAAAUGUGCUACAAGGUCGAAGAUUCGUGGUCCAGCCUCCUCACCUAUUGUCUCCCAGAUCCUCUAAGAAACGAUGUGAUCCUUCAGGUUAUGAAAAAGGGUGGCCCGGGGCGGAAAGAGCGUAUAAUAAGAAGGAACCCAAGCUUGUUGAGUCGAAGCGCGGCAGUCCGGUGUUCCAUCAUUCCGAAGAACAAAAUUUAGACCAGUGGUUCGAAGAGCAAAGGAUCAAUCGAGUAGCCCCUUCCAAUGAUAAUCGUGAAGGUUCUAGCGACGACUUUCGCUCGUCGCCGUAUUACGAGCAUAUCGAGGACACCGAGAAGACGAUUCUUGGUCCCUCAGGCGCAUCCUCUCCAGAAUUGGAGACGAACAAGGAAAAUGUAGCCGGUCUGACCGACUUGGAUGAAAGCUUAAAGCUUAUCCCCGAUCCAGGCGAAUAUCGACCUGGAGCCUAUAACUCAUUGACCGACGAGCAGUGGCUCUCAGCCGGCCAAAAGUUGAUCGAAAGAUUUUGCGACAACUCCCAGAAAGUCCAGAAGAUCAUUACGGCACGUGCCCAACGAAUGGCUAGCUACACCACCAUGAUCGACGAGUAUCAUAAGCUGCUCAGACAUCGUCGAGCAGAAUUGAAAGCCGAACGAGAAUCCAUUCAGGAAGGAGUUAGUGGAUCGAUUGCCGGCUAUUGGAAGUCACAACACAUAUGA